UGUGUGGAGCUGCUGGAGUGCGUGGGCGUGCCCUGGGUCCAGGCGGCAGGGGAGGCGGAGGCCAUGUGCGCCUGCCUGGAGGCCCGCGGGCUGGUGGACGGCUGCCUCACCGGCGACGGGGACGUCUUCUUGUACGGAGCUCAGACUGUCUACAGGAGCUUUGCCAUGAAUGCCAAGGAUCCACAUCUGGACUGUUACACAAUGUCCUCUAUUAAGGAGAAGCUUGGUUGUGACAGAGAGUCUUUGAUUGGGCUAGCUGUUCUUCUGGGUUGUGAUUAUCUUCCAAAGGGCGUUCCAGGAGUUGGGAAGGAACAAGCUUUAAAGUUAAUUGAGACCUUACAGGGUCAAAACCUAUUGCAAAGGUUUGAGCAAUGGAAAGAACAACUUCAAUAUGAUAAUAAUCCACCUUUGGUUGUUAAAAGGGUAAUUCACUGUUCUGAGUGCCAUCAUCCAGGGUCUUAUAAGGAACACAAGCACAGUGGAUGUAAGUACUGUGAAAGCUCUCAGUCCUGCAAACCCAGGGACUCCAAGUGCUGCUGCCCUUGCGAAUGGCACCAGUCAGAGCGAGCCAAGCAAGCAAAUGCACUUGAGGACAGCAUCAGAAAGAAAGCUAUCAGUUGUGAGGGCUUUCCAUUCUCUGAGGUUAUCCAAGAAUUUCUUGUAAACAAGAAUAAAUUGAUCAACGUAAAGGAAUGUCAAAGGCCAAAUUUAUUGUCAUUUCAGAUAUUUGCUUCUGAGAAGAUGGAAUGGCCCAAACAUUAUGCUUGUAAGAAACUGUUAGCACUAUUGACACGUUAUGAUAUGAUCCAAAGAAAAUCUGGAUACAUUGAUUCAAAACAACUGCAGGCAAUACGGAUAGUCAAGACACGUGUUAAAAAUGGAAUUCCUUGUUUUGAGGUUGAGUGGCAAAAACCAGAGCAUUAUGUUGAUGCAGAAGAUGAGCCUGCGGAGUUGUUCGUAGUCACAGUAGAAGAGGAGUCUUUAUUUCAGUCUGCUUAUCCUGAUAUUGUUGCCCUUUAUCAAAUGGAAAAGUCAGAAGUUCUGAAGAAGAAACAGAAAAGCAGGAAAGGCAGACCAAAAGAAGAGGAAUUAUUACAUGUUUGUGAUGAAGUUAGUGAUCUUCUGUCUCAAUUGAAUGUAAAGACUAGAUGUGGAAUUCUUCCUGUGCAAGACAUGGUGUCAGAUACAAAAACUUCCCCGGAAGAUCAGAUGCACCAGAGAAGUACUGAAUCAAAAAAUCUAGUGUUAGCUUCAGCUUCCUGCAUGACAACUGGUGAAACGCCAACACCAGCAGCUGCUCUUCCUCUGGCUGCAUCAUCUUACUCACUCUUACAGAGCACAUUGGCUGAUUCAUCUGUAUUGCCAGCACAGUUUCCUAAAACUUCAGGAAUAUCAUCCUCUUCCUCUUUAACAGCUGACCUACAACUGGGCAGUGUUGUUUGGGAAGGAAACUUCUCCAGCACUUCACUGGCCCGAGGGCCUGACAGCCAACAUCCAGCAGCUGGUUUAACUGCGUCUAUAAGACAGUUGCAUCCACUUGCUCAUGGGACAGUAAGGAAUGGCUCAGAAUGUUCUGGUGCCAAGCAGCCUAAUCAACAUCACUCCAAUAGUGCAGACAGUUUGGUUUCAGAUGAUGCUGUGGGACAACUUCAGAAGUGGUCUUUAAGUGAGCGAAUACUUAAGAAGACUCCCAUUCCAUCAAAGCCUCUGUUGUCUGAAGAUAUGAUGCAACUGGAGCCUUCGAAAUGUUUUAAACAAACAUUGAAUCCUGAGAAAGAUUACAUUUCUUCCUCAAGUCACUUAAAUAGAGUGAUGCAGGAAAGCAAAAAUGUGCUAUCAGAAAAUUACACAAGGGAGUCCAGUGUACAGAUACAUCAAGAUCAAUGCAAAAAAGCUGAAGGCCUGGCUGAAGUGAUGCAAACAGACAGCAGUAUAAGCAAUUUGACUCUAUCCCUCAGUGGGCAAACAACAGAGAUGCUGCAUCCCAGAUGUGAAAGGCUUCCAGUGUUUCAAAAGCCAGCAGGUGUAACUGGAUGUCACAUUAAAAAAGCUUCUGCUCAGACUUCUUUUAAAAAGAGUGUGUGUCAGAACAUAUGUUCUUCUAGUGAAGACAGCGACGAUGGCAACACGCAUAGAAAUCUGAUUUAUGAGCAACAGAAAAGACCGCUGAACCCUGGUCAGUUUAAAAACACUGUUACAAAGAAAAGGAGUAAUGUUGUUACUAGCAAAAGAACAAACAGUGACUCAGCCCUUGUAAUUAAAGAGGAGAAAAAGGCCAGUUUUAAAAAGGCUGGUAAUACUUUCUCAUUGCAAGUAUCUUCAAAACCAUCCUCUGUAGGGGAAGUUAAUUGUUCCCAAAGUCCAGAGCAGCCAUUUGAGAGGUCGGGUUCUGAUCCCUCACAGCAGGCUGAAAGUCCUGUUCUGACCUGUGCGUGGGCAGACAGUCCCCUGCCCUUGUCUGAAAGACUGAAAGGAAGAAUCAAAACCAAUUAG